GGGUUUUUUUUUUUAUAAUAAAAUGUCCCGACUCGCAAUUGGAAACAUGACACUUGCGGCUGGAAACGGGAAGCAAACAGUUGUCUACUACAGCGAAGUCCACUUUUUCAGGGUAAUCACACCUGUAUGAGAAGGGUCUGAGGAGAGAAGUCUGAGGGGUCUGAAGAGGGGGCUACAGUUGGACCCUCAAGUCUACGGCAGCCGUCCUGCCCCAAACCUUGUAGCGCGUCCGUUUCUAAACAGUACUCGGCUGUUUACUUCAUUUGAAAUGAUGAUGUGAGACCGAAAUCGCUAGCUAGCUAGCCUAGCUAAAGUAAUUGAUGAACUCGGGUAAGAGAUGGGGGGAAGAACAUGCGUGACAAAGGGGACAUAGUGAUGGUCCUCCUUAUACUUUUACUCUCAUGACAGAUAUUUCUCCUCACCUGUUUGCUGUAAAGCAGCCGUUAAAUUCUCGCUUACGGCGUUAGCCUUUUAGCAUGCUAGGCUAGCUUCGGUGGGCUCGUGUUUCGGCGUGAUUUGAUAUGGCAGAUUGCAAACUCAACAACAAUCCGUUGGAAUUAUCUUUAAUUUACUCGGGCUUCAUUGCACUUAUAUGUUGUAAAUAGGGCCCGGCUUAGGGGUACAAUAGCCAUCACGUCUGCUGGCGACGGCAACCUUAGCUAACGCUGCUGCUAGCGGAACUUUGUAGGCCCGGGAUGGAGCCAGGGGACUUGCGAGAGAGCCCCGCCGGGUCCGGGGAGUCUGAUGCUGGGGAUUGGAGGGAGGAUAUUCCCGGCGAGGAUCAGGAGGUCAAGGCUGCCGAAACUAAUGGAACAACACUAGAAUCGGUGCACACCCGAGAGGAAGGCGAGAAUGAGAAACAAAAAAGCGUGGGAGAGCAAUUACACAGUCCAUACGAGGAGGAACUGGACCCCAGAAUCCAGGAAGAGUUGGAGCACCUCAAUGAAGCCAGUGCAGAAAUCAACAGGCUUGAACUGCAGUUAGAUGACGCUAGAUCAGGGUACCGGAAGAUCCUCACAGAGUCUGCCAGGAAACUAAACGCUCAGAGCUCUCAGCUUGGUAGCUGCAUAGAGAAAGCAAGACCGUAUUAUGAAGCACGCCGCCUUGCGAAAGAGGCUCAGCAGGAGACCCAGAAGGCAGCUUUGAGCUACGAGAGAGCGGUUUCUAUGCACACGGCUGCCAGGGAGAUGGUCUAUGUGGCAGAGCAGGGCUUGAUGGCUGAUGGAAAGAACACCCUGGAUCCCACCUGGCAGGAGAUGCUCAACCACGCUACCUCCAAGGUGAACGAAGCCGAGGAGGAGCGACUCCGCAGUGAGAGGGAGCACAUGCGCGUCACCCACGCAUGCCAGGAGGCCGAGGCUCGGGUUCAGAUGCUGCAGAAGUCCCUCAAAAGAGUCAUCCUGAAGUCCAAACCUUACUUUGAGCUCAAAGCGCAGUUCAACCACAUUCUGGAGGAGAACAAAACCAAAGUGCUGCAGCUGGAACAGCACGUGGCUAAAGUGAAGACCCGCUAUUCCAUCGCCCUGCGAAACUUGGAGCAAAUCAGCGAGCAGAUCCACGCUCAGAGGGGGAGGGACCAGGCCGAGGGAGGGCGCCCCACUGUCUGCGGUGGGCGGAGCCCCCCUGUCGGAGCGGAGUCUGACAUCAGGGUUCAGGAAGAAGGUGGAGCCUGCGGUGGUGGCGUGACGGGGAAAGAUCGAACGGAUGCAGCCAUCAAUCUGGUGGAGAAAUACAAGGAGAAGGAGAAUGAAAAGGAGAGGGAGAGGGAGCGGGAGCGGGCGGGGUCGGAUUCCCUUUCGGUCUUCAGCCUGCAGACCAUCGCUUCCGACUUGGAGAAAUAUGACUCCAUCGAGCACCUCGGGGACCUGAGCGAUGUCGGGAGCGUAACUGGGGAUGAGGUGGAGAAAGAGAGAGGCGGAGUGAUGGAUAGAAGAGACAAGCUGACGGAAACAAGCUCCAAAGAGCGCCAGCAGCAGUUCCACAAGCAACACCACCGCAGCUUCAGUUUGUGAGGCUGUCAUAGAUACAACAACUAUAUAACAUUGUAAAAGUAAAAUCUUGAGUUUUAAGUGAUUCAGAGUAGGGAUAAAGAUCCCUACUUCAUCGGUACCAACCAAAGUAUAAGACCGUGAAUUAGCUGAAAAUGUAAAACUGGAGCGAUCCAGUUGUAGGUGUAUGAUAUUCAGUGUAAAUAAGCACAUGUACGUUGACUGACAACACAUUAUUCUAAGGCUGACACUGACAUUGCAACCUAGUUAGAACACUACUGGAAUCUACAGAGCUUACAUCCCUCCAGGACAAGUAUACUGUAUAUUCACUCCUUCUGAGGGAACUGGGGAAAAAAAAAAAUGUUCUUGAGCAUGAAGGAACAGGGAAGAAAUUUUAAAAGCCUUGUUUGAACUGACAUAUUUAGAAAGGCGUUGUUUCCUCCUUCUUCCCAGGCUAAUUGUUGAUCUAAUUUGGUGAGAGUGGUGAAAAACAAAACCUUCCAUUGUUUUCCCACCAGUCUUGUCGAGUCUCAUCAGUGAUUCCUCUUAAGGUAGAGGAUCACCAGGCCCCCCCCCCCCUCUCUAUCCACCCUUCAUCAAGUUAGUGUUUAGGGAAAAAUGACAAAGACGAUUCUCUGUCGGUGCAGAGCGAAAGCAUGCUUGCGUUCACGUUUCGUAUAUAUUUAUUUCCUGUAAAAUGCUGCAAGUCGUUAUUUUGGCACAAGAGAAUGCGUUUUUCGAGAAUUCCUGAAAUCACGAAUGGAACAAAUGGAGUCUGAAGAUGAUAAAGAGCCUCUGACUCCAUUUGACUGUUUCCACUCUGACAGCAUGCACUCCUGUUAGCUAUUUAAAUAGACAGUUUAUGACAUGUAUGUAGGGCUACAUGAUGAAACUGAAUACUGACAGCGUUAAAGCUAGAUGCCAUGUCUUCUUAUUUUAUCUGUUAUGCUGUAGUCUUAUGAUGCAAAAGCCUUUCCCAAAUGUGUAUUAUUUGAACAUUGUUUACAUUUGCUGAAGUGGAUUUCUUUGGCCUUUUUAUCUUUUUUUUUUAAUUAUUAUUAUUAUUAUUAUUAUUUGGUUGUAAUUUGAAGUGUGCCUUUCCACAGAACAAGUAACAAAUUAAGCCUGAGAUGAACUUUGCUGUAAACUAAUUCUUAAAAAAAAAAAAGAAUACCCUGAGUCACACAAGCACUGUUUUUCCGAUAAGACUUAAAAGAGUUUAUUUUUUUUGUUUUAAUUUCUGUAUUUUCUUUAUUUUAUUGUACUUUGCUUGUCAAAGUGUGAGAUGCAAAACAAAAAAAAGUCAAGAAAUGACUUGUAAAUGUAUGUAAUUAUUACAAAGCUGGAAAAUAUUGACAUGUACAGUUACAUGUGUCGCUGAUUUGAAUAUUUGACAUUUUUGUUGUACAGCAGAAUACAUGAAUACAGUCUCUCCUCUGUAUUUAAAUCAUUUACUGUUGCAGUUGAUCUGAAACACCUCACCUUCACUGCUGUCUUAACGAUAUGUCGUCACCCUUUUAAGGACAUCUGUGAGUUAGUCAGUGUCACUUAAUGUUUCCAAUGUAUGCAUUGUCAUAACUAUAAUCAAUAAAACAGAUCAUACUUCUU